AGAUUGUGAACCGUGGAAGAAGCGGUGGCAACCUCGCCGGAGAAAUCGCCCUCGCGUCCUCUCCUCUCUUCGUGUCUCCUUUUUAGACCGAUCGCGAAGCAGGCAUGGCGGAGCAGCUCACCGACGACCAGAUCGCGGAGUUCAAGGAGGCCUUCAGCUUGUUCGACAAGGACGGCGAUGGUUGCAUCACAACCAAGGAGCUUGGAACUGUGAUGCGUUCUUUAGGUCAGAAUCCUACAGAAGCUGAGCUGCAAGAUAUGAUCAAUGAAGUUGAUGCUGAUGGAAAUGGUACAAUUGACUUCCCUGAGUUUCUCAACUUGAUGGCUAGGAAGAUGAAGGAUACAGAUUCAGAAGAGGAGCUAAAGGAGGCCUUCAGAGUUUUUGACAAGGACCAGAAUGGCUUCAUCUCUGCAGCUGAACUUCGCCAUGUCAUGACCAACCUCGGAGAGAAACUGACGGAUGAGGAAGUUGAUGAGAUGAUUCGUGAGGCUGAUGUUGAUGGUGAUGGUCAGAUCAACUACGAGGAAUUUGUCAAAGUCAUGAUGGCCAAGUGAGGAUGAGCUUUAUAUGAUCUCGAAUUCCUUAGCUGCUAGUCGUCUCAAUAGUUUUGUCAAGCCAAGUAUGGAUGGAUUUAUUUUGCUUUUCUCUUAGGUGGUGGUUGUAUCGUACUACGUAUCUUUCAGUGUUUUUUGCUUUAUUAUGUCGAACAGACCAGUCUAUCCGUUGCAUUUGUGUUUCGCCUAUCUAUAUAUUGCCUUCCAUUUUAUUGUGCA